UUUGCAUUUAUUGUCAGAAUACACAAAAUUAGCAUAUCAUACGUGGAUUUCUUAUGGUCAUCUUUAUUUAUGUAAUAUUUUUAAAAUUCAUCAUUUUGUCCAAAUUGUUAUGAUUAUGGGGUAAUAUAAUUUUAGAGCAAAAUCAUCCAUCAGGAUUUAUUUUAGUUGUAGGUAAGUAUUUUGUUAAUAUUCAUAGCUUAAUUAGGCCCAAAUCAAAAAAAUGCUGUGCGGAAAAAGAAAGCAAUUAUUAUAAAGACUUUUCGCUAAUAUGUGUAGAUAUAUAUAUAUAUAUAUAUAAAGAGAUAUAUAUAUAUAUAGAGAGAGAGAGUGGAAAGAUAGAUAGAUUGAUAGAUAGAUAGAUAGAUAGAUAGAUAUAUAGAUAGAUAGAUAGAUAGAUAGAUAGAUAGAUAGAUAGAUAGAUAGAUAGAUAGAUAGAUAGAUAGAUAGAUAGAUAGAUAGAUAGAUAGAUAGAUAGAUAGAUAGAUAGAUAGAUAGAUAGAUAGAUAGAUAGAUAGAUAGAUAGAUAGAUAGAUAGAUAGAUAGAUAGAUAGAUAAAUAGACAGAAAGAUAGAUAGACAUAUUGAUAGAUUAUAGACACAGACGAAUGUGAAUAAAUUAACAAGAAAAGUAUGUUUAUCAAUUUAGACCUUCCUUACUUAUUUGUUCGUUUUUAUUUAAAAUUUCAAGGCAUAUAAGUUAGAAUACCUGAAGCAUGCAUUUAUUACAUUAUCUUAUUCCUAAUUUAAACCAUUUGUUGUCUUUAUUAUAUAUAUAUUUUAAGAUCAAAUGAGCUCAAAUAUGGUAAUGAUGACAGUUAAUAAGCUCUACACCCCUAUUCAUCUGCUCUACAUCAUUCUAGCAUGCGUUAUACAUUUAAAAUUAAUGAGUCCAGGUAAGUAAAAGUAAAAAUGUCUUAUUUGAAUUUUAAAAUAUAGUUUUUAAAGGGUAUAUAUUAAUUAUUUUAAUAACAAUAGAUAUAAGUUGUUUAGUUUUAUACCUAUUUGCAUAAAUUGGUGUUCAUGUUAAAAGGGAUAAUUUAACUAUAUGUUUUAUGUAAAUAUAAAUAUAAAAUAAAAUUUUGUUAUGAGAACAUGCUGAGAAAUAAAGCGUGGAUAUAAAGAGUAUGCAAUAUAAUUGUAUAACCUUAUAUAUAUAUAUAUAUAUAUACAUAUUAAUAAUUGCAAUAAAAAGCCCUUUCAAUUCCUUUUACAACGGAUUUAUAAUAAUAAUGUAUGAGAAUAAAUGAUUUUUGGUGGGUUUUUUAUUGUUUUUUUUUUAAUUACAGUGUAUGGGAAGAGUAUAACGCUCUCCUUGUCUAGGCAAGAGGACUGUAUCACAAAUUGUUCGAAAGGCCUAAUCAGCGGCAUUGACAUAGUGGUCUUUAAAUGCAAUGUGAACUACGUUAAUGAUCCUAAUUUGGAAUUUGUACAGUUUUACGUAAAAAAGAAAACUGAAAGAGCAUUCAACUUUGUAAGUAUUCAUUUUAUUAUAGAACUAAAUAGUAAACGUUGCACAUAUCCCAUCUGGUGUAUUAUUAAAGUAUUAUUAAAUUAUUAAAGUGUAUUGAAAACCUAAAAGAGUAGAGAUCAACCUGUUCUUGUCUAAUGUUGAUAAUAAUCCAUCCUGAAAGUCUACGGCAAAUUUACCAACGAAAGUUUACAUUUCCUAAAAAAGUGUGAAGAUCUAUAAAUGCGCUGAAUCCUAAAACGAUGUCAGUACUUUAAAUCAAUGACAAUUUUUUUUAAAAGCCAUCUUGCAUAGUGUGGCCACUAUUAUUUUUUUUAACAUACUAAAGCUAAUGAUUUUUUUCUUAGUGAUUGAAACACUUCCAAAAAUUUCAUACUAGCUCCAUUAGCUUAACACUUUGAUAAUAUAGAUAAGAUCAAUGUUUAGUUACCUCUUGUUAGCUUGUUUAGCGUGUCUCUCUCCCAUUUGAUUCGUAUCAAUUCGAUAUCUGCGAAUACUAAUACAGCCAACGUGGACGUAAUAUCAGAAAAGCUUAUUAAAACUGAUAGCAGCAUUUUUUUCCUUCACUUAAGUCUUCAUAUAGAAUGCUACUGACUAAAGCCCACUUUAUUGCUAUCUGGAUAGAGGGCCCUGUAAAGGUACCCAAGAUCUGAUGCAUCAUUAUUCGUCUCAUGUUGCCUUUAUUAUAUUAAAUUGUUAAAUACCGAUUUAAAUAUUAAUUAACUUGAUUAGGUCAUUUGGAGGCAUGUUUCGUAAAAUAUUUUAAUUUUUUUUUUUCGAUUUUAAAUAAACAGUUUACAUUUAAACCAAAAUGAAAUAUAAAAUUGCAAUUUAGAAACGAAACUAGGACAAAAGAAACUAAAUAUCAAAUAUUGUUUUCAAAUAAGUCUAGGGAGAUGCAAAUCUGAAAUCAGGUAUAAGCAUAAAAGAAUCAUGCAUUUUGAAGUUAUCAACAAACACAACAGACAUAAAAAACUCGGCUCUCUCUUGCCCAGGAACAAUUUGCAUCCGCGAUUCCUGCUAUUGUUAGAUUGUCUAGGGUAUUUUCAUUUUGUCUCUUUGUGUGGUGGGUGAAUCAAAGCUUACCGGGGCGUCAUAAUGCGUAAUGUAGGAACUGAUAGAUUAUCUACCAUUUCCAAACACUAAAAUUCUCUCCUCCACAAAAAAUGAUGAAGUUGUUUUUAAAAAAAAAUGUCAUUAUGCUAUUGACAUUAGGGUCCGCAAAGAGAUUUUCCAAAAUAUCUUGAAUAUUCUGAGAAGCAUAAGCACCCUUAGUGCAUUACAUUGACCAAGGGCUGCAUUGGUGUUAUGAAUGCUUUUAGUGGACUAUGUUUUUACUAAUGAAGUGGUUAAAAUGUAUGAUAUUGUUAAAAGCAUUUUUUAAAAAAAUCAUGUUUGUGAUGAAAUAUGUAAAACCAAAAAAAAAGUAUUUAAAAAUUUAAACAUCACUACAACAAAAUAAUUUUUUUAUAUCUCCUUUUUUCAAUUUCCUUUUUUUUUUAAAGGUGUAUCCGAUUUAUUUGCUUCAUUAUUUGUUUUGUGUAGUUUUUUUUAUAUUUUUAAUGAAAACUAGCCGAUAUACCCAGCGUUAGCCGCUUUUAAAUCGGACAAACAAUAACUUCUACAGCAUUUCAAUAAACAUUGAAAAUAAGAGUCUUUUAAAAUAUAUUGAUAGACACAAAAAACAAAUCAACACACCUAUAGUAAACAAAAAUUGCUUCGAAUUCUAUAAAAAGAAUUUAUAAUAACUUGUGUAAACCAUUCGUUUCCCAAUGGGAUACCCCUCCUGAAGGGAUCCGUUCCUCAAAAGAUUCCAAUCAGAUUACGUUUCCCAAUGGGAUCUCGUUUACAAUGGUAUCCAAGUUUCCCAAGGGAUCCCGACCGCGUAUGGACCCGGAUCCCGGUUAGAUACCGAUCCCGAUGGUUUUCCUGGCGCCUUUAUCUCGCUGCGAUCCCGUUUUCAGAUAGAAUUUCGAUCCCGUUAGUAUCCAAUCGUCUGUGGGAUCUCGUUUCUCCGUGGGGUUGUCUUCUCCGAUGGGUUUCCGUUUUCCCCAUUUGUUCCCGUUACUCGAUUGUAUCACCUUACCGUUGUGUUCCAGUGUACUCGUUCCCCUUUAGGAUCCUCUCCCAUGUUGGGAUCAUGUUCCCAGUAGGGUUCUGCUCCCGGUACUAUUAAGAAGGGUAUGUUUAAACAAAAGACCCAUAUAAGUAUAGAAAUGAACAUAAAUAAACUAACAUUUUAUUAAGAACAUUCUUGAAUAGUUCAGAUUAAAUUUAAUAUCCUCCUCGAGACUUGUAAAGAAUGACUUUUCUAUGUAAUAUUUUUUUAGCGAAAAGGAUACCACACAAUUCACUACUAUAACUUUAGUACAUUUACAUUGAAAGAGGGCCCCGCACAGGGGCGGGUCCAUUCUAAAAGUGUAGUUUUUAGUGUUUUUUUUGCCUGAUAUAGGGGGCCAUAUAAAAAUCAGUAAGAAAAAAAAAAUAAGUUAACAUUUAUAGAUUUCAGUUAAAAUCGGUUUAAAAAUUACUUAGAUAUGACUUUAUAUAAAUUAUCUAACUUUCUGGACACAUUCUAGUUUGAAUAUAAUUAUUUUUUAAAUCUACCGAUAUUUCUAUACUGACAAUGAAGUGAAAUUCUACAAAACUAGGCCUUUAUCCAUCAAUUCACAUAGAACGUAUAGUGUUUUCUAAGCCUAUUUAUAUGUAUAAAGCUCCUCUAAAAAAAAAUGAAAUGGUGCCUUCGGCCCAAGAUAAAAUUGAUAUUAUGAGUUCAGUACCCUUAAUACUUGAAUAUUGAUAAUCAAGUAUAAGUGCACUAAUUUUGGUUAAGAUCAAUCUGUUCAUGUAGGAGUAUUUGUUGUUUAUUUAAUUUGUAUAAUUAAUGUAAUUUAAAAAAAAAAAAAACGAAUUCGGGGCCCCCAUACCAAAAUGAAAUGUUAUGCAAUUUCAUACCCCCCUAAGUGUUCCCUCCGGAUAAUGAUAUAUAUAUAUAUGUAAGUGCCAAGUUUGUUAAAUAUCCAUCAAUUCCAUUUUAUAUAUCGUAAUGGUAAUAAAACCGCUAUUUAUAUUACAAAAAAAAAAAAAAAAAAAAAAAAAAAAAAAAAAAAAAAAAAACAGAUAAAUAUUGCUCUUAAAACCAAAAUCAAUGAUAUAGUGAUAUUUCACCAAAGCGUAUACUUUUUUUUUUCCAUUUUAUUCCCCUAAAUAUAUUUUGCCUUAAAAUUGUCAUUAUAUAAUAUGUAAUUUGACAAAAUAUUUUACCUGAGUGAUUUUAUGUAUUAAUUACUUUUACAUGAAAAGAAAAAAAAUGUACACAAUAUUAAUAUAUGUAUUGAAAUUGUACAUUCAAGAAAAUGUUUCGCUUAACGUUAAAUGUUUAAAUUUAAAAAACAUUCCAGGGUGUUAAAAGAAAAUUAAAUCUAUUUUAAAACAAUACCAAAUGAAGUGUCUCGAUUGAAGACACCUCACAGACCCAUUUACAGCUAAAAUGUCUACCCACAAAACUCUGCUGUCUUUUUAGUAGCUUAAAAAUUGGUCCAUCCUUUCAUUUAAAUCCAAAACAAAGUAGAAAAAUAUAGCGAAUAAACUAUUAGGGGAAUAUAAUCAGAUUAAAUGGUAAUGUUAAGAAAACUAAAAUACUCAUACCUUUCAGCCUACAUUAGCUGUGAUAUAAUGUACCAAGAGCAAUGUCUAUCGACACAUUUAGUAAUUUACAUUCAUUUAACAGAAAAACGUAUAGCUGCACCAAUAAAGAUCUCGAAUCACGAAAAAAGAAAUCAAAGGAAAUUGUAAAGGUGUAAAUGAGAUAGUGGGUGCUGGGUAACCAAGUGGUCCAAACAGAGUCAAUCCCAAGGUUGUUGUCUGGAGUUCAAUCCACCAAAAAUAAUGAACAUCCCCCGGAUGGAUGAGACCUACUAACCUUAAAUGUCAACUCAUGGCGUCUCGUAAGAGAGAGAGAGAGAGAGGCAAUAUUUACACAAUGUAGUCCUACUGGGGAAUAACAUUGACACAAUGACAACUCUUGCGACGCUGCUGUUGCCAAGCUAUAUCAUCAACAUAGUUAUCCAGAUCCGUGAAGAGAGGACUUUGCUGUCUAAGGAACAAGCUAACACUCCUUGUGAUUUCAUACAUUGAAGUGUAAGACAUCUUCACAUUGUGAAGGACACAUGCCAACACUAUUUUUUUUAAAUUAAUUAACAUGAUAUGAAAUUGCAAUUGUGUGCAAUUAAUAUUUUUUUCAAUGACACACUCCCGACAAACACAUACAUCAGUUAUUGUUAAUAUUUUUUCAGAUAAGAAGCUACAACGUCAAGGAAUGUGAUAGCAAGAAAAACUUUGAAUGCACUCGCUUAAGCCAGUUCAUGGUUAAUAUUUCCAUAAGAAUACAAGCUCUAACCGAUUAUAAUGGUGGAGAGAUAUUUGGUGAACUUGUUACAAAUAGUAUUCAGGACAAAAGGAGUGAAACACAGCUGUUUCCAUUGAUAUAUGGUAGUAUUCUUUUAUUUCUAUUUUUUUUUAAAUAGUAAAUUCUAAGUGUUCAUUUUCAAUUUCUGUUUUUCUUAAAGGGUAAAAAAGCUGCCUUAUAAACAUACUACUUAAUGAAUGUAUAUGGCAUUCUUCCUUCUUUGCGAGACGAUGGGAUAGCUUUACAGUCCUACUCUUCGACGAGUGGCUCAUUAGGAUAAUCAUUGAAUGACAUUCUCGACUGCAUUUUGCACAAGAGGAUAUUGAAUGCUGGUUUUGAUUUUUUCUUCCGUAUUGUUAUUUUUUUGCAAUUGAUUCAUUUAGCGUAUCCUCUGCAUUUUUUAUUUCUUCAUACUCUGCUGUUCGCCAGCUGCAAGGUUUUUCGCCUAUGAUCUCCCAUUUGUUCAUAUCAAUAUUGGCUUCCAUCGUGCUACUUUUGCAAACGUCCUUUAAUCUCAGACAUGGACUUUCAAAAAGUUCUUUCACAUCUAACAACUCUCCAUUUAGCAGCAUAUUUAGGAUAAGGCCUUCAUCCAUUCUCCAUAGGUGGCCUAACCAUUUGCAAAUAGCCGAGAAUAUGUUAAAUAUUUUUGCAAGAUAUUGAACAGUCUACCAUCAGAUAUGGUAUGGAGGUAAACUCCGUCUUCAAAGUGCGAUAAGGGAAAUUAAAGGAGCCUUGAGAAGAAAAUUGAGAAUCGCGUUGGUGCCAGUUUAACUCCGCUACUGACUGGGAUAUUGAAUAGUCUACCAUCAGAUAUGGUAUGGAGAUACACUCCGUCGUCAAAGUGCGAUAAGGGAAAUUAAAGGAGCAUUGAGAAGAAAAUGGAGAACCGCGUUGGUGCCAGUACACAACCCUGUUUAAAUCCGCUGCUGACUGGGAAUGCCUCAGGUACAUAGCUUUUGAAGUUUAAUGUUGUUACGCAGUGCUAUCCGUAGGGAGAAAUUAAUUUCCUAUAUACAUGUAUGGCUCGUUCCAAAACAGUGCUUAACAAGACGAUACCAAUUGAUAAAAACAUAACAGAGAAUACUAACACUCAAAACAGUUUUAACUGCAAUUUAUAAGAUUUAUUAAGUUAUUAUGGCUUACAAAAGAAAAGAAAUAUAAUUAAAAUCAUUAACUUAUAGAGUAUUCUUUUUCUUGUGACGGUAAACGUUUAAUACAAUGUGCCAAAAAAGGCAUAACAAUGAAACAAAUUCACACACAUAAGUAAAUACAGCUCUAUCAAGAAUAACACACUCUAAAAAAAUACUAGUCUGCCGUCCCGUAAAGAAGCAAUCUUAUCUUCCUAAAAAUAAAAUUCAAUCUGCUUUUAUAGUCUGUUGUACAUAAAUUUCCAGGCGUAUUACGCAUUAUAUUAGUAAAUCGAAAAUUCUAAAAUUUACUACCGUUUUCUAUCGCAUUGGAGUCAAGAGAACAAGCGAUAUAUUGGUUUGUGGUAAACAAGAUCAAAGGGAAUAAGCCACGCCCAAUAUUUUGCUGGGCAUGUUUCUGUGAAAUCAAUUAAUGAUUGUGAGCAGUCGCAGGGGACAACCUAUUUUGUCCCUCCUUGGCUUAGUUGAAAAGACUUUUGCACGGGUUACCCUUAAAGAAUUGUAAAGUCUGGCUAACUGCAUCUUCCAAUAGUCCCAGUGUGGCUUCCUGGGUGGGCGCUCAACUAUAGACAUGAUAUUCUCGUUACGCAAAAUGCGGUAGACGUGUCGAGAACAGCAUAUGCCUAUGUAUAUUGCUUUCAUAGAUCUGACACAAGCAUUUUACUUGAUAAGUCCGAGAGGUCUGUUCAUUGUCCUGCAAAGAAUUAAUGAAUUUAUAAUACAAUGAGAUAUAUUUGGUUGUAGUCUUAUUCUAUGCACUGAUAUAUUUCCUUCUUUUGUUGCUUCUCCCUUUUAACUUUCAAAUAUCACAAUGUUAACAGAUUCAUCGACUGUUGAUAGUGAACUGAUCAUCAAUGGACAUAAAAUUCAACAAGAUGAUGACAAAUGUUUCAUGGAUGUUCCCGAAAAAUAUGUACACAUUGUGUUUAACUGCAGGAGUGAAGUUUCGCCUUGCUUGAUUGAGAUAGUAUUUGAUAAUGAAGGCAAACAUGUGAAAGGAAUUGAAACAAUUAAUCUUACAAAAACAAAGUAUAUUGGUGAAAGUUUCACAGUAUUCCAUGCAGUAUGUAGUAUGGAUAAAAACAUACACAUUAAAAGAUGUUCAAAAUCAGGUAAUAAAAAAAAAAAUUAAAUGGAAGUUUUUUUUUUUUAAUCUGUUAAAUUCAAAAUGUAUAUUUGCAAUUAAAACAUUUAAAACGAAUAUAUAAAUCUUUCGAGUACUUGAAUAUCAAAUACUAAAAAAACCUUUAUUAAACAAAGUGUACGUAUAUUGGUUUUGUAAAUUAUUUUUGUUUCCAGUAUUGACGUAUUAUAAUGAUUAAUUUUAUUUUAUCUAAUAGAAGUGAAUACAUUGAUAUCUCCAUGGACAUUUGCUGUAGUGGUUGUUUUUAUUCUGGGGAUAGCAACUAUUGCAAUGACUGCCCAUUUUCUGUGG